UAUGUAUCUCCAUGUAUGUGCUCAUUCAGUCCAACAUUUCUGGGUGAAUCUCAAGAUCUAGACUGUGCAUCAAAGAUGAGAAGCUUCAUCUUUGCUCUCCUGCUGCUUGGGGUUGUGGUCCAGCCGACUGAUGCUUUUUGGGGUGCAAUUCUCAAGAUCCUGAUGAAAUUUGGGACAACGCUGCUUGGAACAACGAUAGAUUCGGAGGGUAAGCGUGGUGUUCAAGAUGUUGACUCGAAUGGAGAUGGGAAGCUUGAUAUGGCCGAACUGAAAGCAGAGUACGGACAACUGGGCGCUCGUGAACUCAUGCACUUUGCUGAUUCAAAUGGUAACCACGUUCUUGAGGCUCAGGAGAUUGUGGCAUUGGAGCGAUACGCAGACUCCCACACAUAAGAGGACAUGGAACAACAAUGAAAAUCUCCGAUUAACUGGAACGUUUCAAUGAAAUAAAUUGUUUGCAAUCGA